AUGGCUCUGAUCCCUGCUUGUGAACUGGCGAUGACUCCUGUGGGUUUGGAUGACAUACUGGCAGACUUGGUCUCCAUGUCUCCGAAUGCCACCAUCGUGCAAUCACCGGGCGUCUCUGUGGCAACCAGAACCCUAAUACUGCUUGUCUGUCUGCUGCUGGUCGCCUGGAGUCACACAGACAAGAAAACUAUUCCAGGUCCUUCUUUCUGUCUGGGUGUGGGGCCACUUCUGUCAUACAUGAGAUUCAUCUGGACUGGUAUAGGCACAGCCAGCAACUACUACAACAAUAAGUACGGAGACAUCGUCAGAGUCUGGAUCAAUGGAGAGGAGACCCUAAUAAUCAGCAGGCCAUCAGCAGUGUACCAUGUACUGAAGAAUGGACUUUAUAGUUCACGUUUUGGGAGCAAGCAGGGACUCAGCUGUGUUGGUAUGAAUGAGAGAGGCCUCAUAUUUAACAACAAUGUCACUUUGUGGAAAAAGAUGCGCACCUAUUUCACCAAAGCUCUGACAGGUCCAGGUUUGCAGACAGUGGAGGUUUGCGUCUCCUCCGCACAGACUCACCUGGACGACCUCCACAGUCUGAGUCACGUGGACGUCCUCGGCUUGCUGCGCUGCACCGUGGUCGACAUCUCCAACAGACUCUUCCUGGGGGUACCUGUGGAUGAGAAAGAGCUGCUGGUGAAGAUUCACAAGUAUUUUGACACGUGGCAGAGUGUGCUGAUCAAACCGGACAUCUACUUCAAGUUGGACUGGAUUCACCAGCGGCACAAGACUGCAGCCCAGGAGCUGCGAGAUGCCAUAGAGAGCCUUGUGGAGCAGAAGAGGAGGGAUGUGGAGCAGGCAGAUAAACUGGACAACAUCAACUUCACCACAGAGCUCAUAUUUGCACAGAACCACGGCGAGCUGUCUGCUGAGAACGUGUUGCAGUGUGUGUUGGAGAUGGUGAUCGCGGCACCAGACACCAUGUCUAUCACUCUCUUCUUCAUGCUGCUGCUCCUCAAACAGAAUCCAGAUGUGGAGCUGCAGCUGCUACAAGAGAUCGACACUGUUGUAGGUGAGAGACGGCUUCAGAACGGGGACCUUCAGAAGUUGCAGGUGCUGGAGAGCUUCAUCAAUGAAUGUUUGCGCUUCCACCCUGUGGUGGACAUCACCAUGCGUCGAGCCCUGUCUGAUGACAUCAUAGGGGGCUACAGGGUCCCAAAGGGCACAAAUAUCAUUCUCAACACCGGUCGCAUGCACCGGACAGAGUUUUUCCGCAAACCAAAUGAAUUCAGUCUGGAAAACUUUGAAAAAAACGCUCCUCGCCGUUACUUCCAGCCGUUUGGUAGAGGCCCUCGAUCCUGCGUUGGCAAGCACAUCGCCAUGGUGAUGAUGAAAUCCAUCCUGGUGACGCUGCUCUCUCAGUACUCUGUUUGUCCCCAUGAGGGCUUGACCCUCGACUGCGUCCGACAGACCAACAACCUCUCCCUACAGCCUGUAGAGCAGCAGCAGGAGGCCGAACAUCUCGGCAUGAGGUUCUUACCCAGGCGGAGAAGUAGCUGGCAAACACAAAGAUAA